CUCACAUAGCAAUUCAAGUAAACCACAUUUUCCAUUCUAUCAUUUUUGAUAUCUCUGUGUAACACCAAAGCACAGAUACAGAAAAAUGUGGGGGAGAUGUAGGUGGAUGAGAAUAUGAUAUGCUUGCUUGAUACAUCAUAUUUUUUUUUUAGGGCUAGUGUCAAAUUCUGGGGCGUGGUUAGUAAAGACCGCCUAUAGGGUAUAAAUAUAAAUUCGAACUGUGCUUCAAACGCAUUCAUAUUCUCUUCUUAAAUGAGAUACAAACACUGUAAAAUUUCUAAGAAAUUAAAAAUGACUGGUUCCUGGAAUUUAGUACUGAUCAUCAGCACCAUGUAUUUAGGCCAGUCUGGUAGACUCUGGGUUACUGCACAAUCCCCAGAGCCAGGUGUUUAUCAGUCCGAUAAAAAGCUCAGUGUGGAUAUCGGCAACUCGGCCACUCUGCAAUGCUGUCUUUUCAGAACAGUAGACGAAGAAAUUAUCUGGUUUAAGCAACAAAACAAAAAACAGCCUCAGAUUAUAGUCAGAUUCUUUAAAACUGCUGGAGAAACAUUUUACAGUGAAUUCCAAAAUCCUCGUUUCCGAAUAAAAAAACAUGGAAACUGCUUCAAUAUGACCAUUUCAAACACCACGAUGUCUGAUGAAGCCACGUACUACUGUGCACGCGUGUUUGCAGAUGGGACUUAUUUAAAAAUUAAAGGUGAUCAUGUUACUAUUGCAUCAGAAACAUCUAAACCAGCUCUGUGUGAUAAUUCAGUGGUGUGUGAACCAACACUGCAUGGAAACAGCACUAACAUGAACACACACGAGAAAACAGUGCUCGGUUUGGGAACGGCUUUGGGUUUCUGCGCACUUCUGAUUUUCUGUCUCAUUUAUUUCAUACUGAGGAGAAGAAAACAUGAUAAAAUGAACGCUUCUAUGGAGGAUUCUCCAGGAAUGAGGGAGUCUGAUGCUGAAACACUGAACUACGCAGCUUUGCAAUUCGCCAACAGGAAAGCCAAAGCUGAAAAAAGAAAAACUGGUUUAUCGGAGGAUUGUGUGUACUCUGAUGUGAAAUAAAACUGUAUGUUUGUAUCUAACAUUAAUAAUCAAUGAUUUUUUACUUCUACACAUGUUUAAAGCACGUCAUGUUUUUUUUUAAGUGUGCAAUAUUUAACCUCAAUUAACAAUGAACAUCAUUGUGAUUAAAAAAAAAAGAAGACUUUUUCACUUCACCUGUGUUGACCUUCAUUAAUGUACU